ACCAGUAGUAUAAGUUGUAGUAGUAGUAUGAGUAGUAGUAGUAGUAGUAGUAGUAUUGGUCCAAGGGUAGCAACAUUAUAUAGAUAUAUACAUAUUGUGUACACUUUUCCAGACGUUGCCAACGUCGGAGCGACAGAUUUACACACACGGUUCUACGCGUAAAAACCGUAAAUUACGAUAUAACCACUACAAUCCUCCGCCCCGCGGUCGUGUGUAGAUGUGUUUCGUUCACGGCUCGCGUAUAUAUUAUAUUGUUAUGUAUUAUUAUUGUGCAGUUUACGGCAUCGUACAUCGAACGACAAUAUAAUAUUCGUACAAAACUCUCAAACCCUCCACGGGUGCGUUCGUGUGCCGACGCGCGCACGGCAAUAGCAUUAUAUCGUACGGGCACGAUAAAUACCGUACGGGGGUCGUGUCUGUACGCAAGCGUACAAUCCCUGUGUAAAACGGAGCACUGUUGGAUGGGCGUCCUGGAAAAAUCAUUUUUCCACGGUGCGUACACGCUCCCCGGCAGGUCGACGGUAUAGCGUUUUAUGUUUUCACCCGGGUUAAGGAUAAAAUCGCCGUUACGGGAGAACAAAUGACGAGUGUGUAACAGCAUCGCCUGCAGCUACUGCUCGUAUAAUAUGAUUAUAGCGCACCGACUCAGUGUAAUGUAUACAUACGACUAGACGAAUAAUCGUUGCAAAUGUGUGACAGAGACUCAAGUUCGGGAUGCUUCUUCAUAUCGAGAAAGGGCCGUGAUCGAGCUCAAGACUUGACCACAACAUCCAGACAUGGCCAACAGCCAUUGCCCGCUGGGACAAAAACUAAAGAUGCACUGCCAGUGGUCUUACAGAGUGAUUUUCGAAAAUUAAGUGGAAUUAGUAAAGAAGAUUUUCGAUUAAUCGACACCAUUGAAAAUGAGUAUGAUGCAACUACAGCAGCGGCACUUGAUGCAGUACAACGUAGAGGUGAAAUGGUUGUCCGAAUACUGGACCCGAGAAUUCACCUCACUAAAACUGCUACAGAUGCGGCUAAAAAAUUUCUCAUGCUUCAAGAUUCUAACCAUAUAGUUAAUCUAGUUGAGAUAAUUAAGAGACCUGGACAGACUUUAGGGUUGUACAUUCGGGAAGGUAACGGUAUAAAUCGUCACGAUGGUCUAUUCAUUUCUAGAUUAGCACUAGAGUCGGCGGUAUAUAAUAGUGGAUGCAUACAGGUUGGUGAUGAAGUAUUAGCUGUAAACCUAGUUGACGUUACAAGAAAAGCCGUAGACGAGGUUGUGAUAAUUAUGUCAAUACCUAGACGACUGGUAUUAGCUUUAAGACAAACAAGAGGUAUUCAUCGAGCUUCAGUGAAUGCUUCAUUGGCUUCUGCCAUGCCUAGUCACCAACCUCCAGUUGUUGUGAUUAAAAAGGAUCUAAGUAGAGAAUCAGAUGACCAACAUGAUGAUGACGAUGAUGAUAUGCAUAUGAAAUCAUAUAUGACUACAGGUAGAGUAAAUCAAAGAAAUAAAGAAAACAUGCACGAACAACGACAAAGAGAAUCUAGAGGAAGAUCACAAUCUCAACUUGCCUUGGAUUCAAAUGGCGAUAUUUCUGGAGAUCUCUACUACAAUUCACGACCUCCAGAAUCAAGAAGACAAGCAUCUACGUUGGAUCGUCGUAAUAAUUGGUCAUAUCAACCUCCUCAUCCUCCAAUUUCUAAUGAACAACCCAAACCUCAGCAUUUUCAGCCAUUCGAUAAAGCAUAUCCUAAAACUUUAGAAUCAUUAGCUGAAAAGGUACAUCCAUUUUGUCCAGGUGGACAAUCCUCAACUGGCAGAAGAAUGUCAGCAACAACUACACAACAACAAUAUCGCCGUAAUAAUAUUCCAAGAUCUGGUUCAGAUCAGUAUCUACCUAGAUCUGAAUAUGAUUAUGGAAACAGACCAUAUCGACAAUCGCAAACACUAAUGAGAUCCGGACUUAGAAGUAGUGCUGGCGCUGGAUCCGGUACACGUUUAGUUUCACAAUACUCGCAAGGUUCGUCUAGAACAUUACCAAGACACCUAGAUUAUGCAUCAGACACUGAAGCAACCAAAGUAACUUCUACAUCUCCAUAUUACUAUAGAGGUUCUUCGCAAAUAUCAGGUGUUUCAAAUAUAUCGAGAUUGCAGGGCAGUUCCACAAUAUCUAGAAGUAAUUCUUUAAGAUCAAAUUCACUUCCAAGAGAUAUUCGUACCCCGCGAACCCCACUUUCAUCUCUUAACACGAGCUUGAGAGGUAGUUUGAGGCGAUACAAUACACAGGACAAUCCUAAAAUAUCAUCUUCUCUGUUAAGUGAUCACGAAGAUAGUGACGGUAAUCUUAGUGCUCCCGAGUUUCAAAUGAGGCGCAAAAAUCGAUUGGUUAGCUCUCCUAGUGUAUUUACAGCUGAUGAAUAUAGAGCGUGGAUGAGUAGAGCACCAUCUACCAGUGCUAUUUAUGAUCGUAUACGUAACGUUUGCGAUCCAUCAUUAAAACAACAAAAAGUACAAAGAUUCACAUUUAGCGCUGAAAACCUACCAGAAAGAACUAGGCAUUCGGAAUUGAUGAGUUAUUCCGGAACUAAUGCAGAUUUAAGACCAUUUAGAGGUCUAGGAUCUCCAGCAUUACCUUCAGCAACAACAUCGACAUUAGACAGACAUACUAGAACGUCGUCAUUAAGAAGAAUUCGACAUCUUUUAGAACUUGAAGCUAAACAUUUAGGUCGACGUAGUCCAUCGUCCACUUCAGAUCUACAAGCUGACAGAGCUAGAGUAUUGGAAAUUAAUCCAGCUGAGUUCUUAAAAUACAAGUUUGAAAAAACUACAGUAGACAAUGCCCCACCUAUAAGUGGUUUAUUAUGGGUACAUCUACUGGCUGGCAGAGGUCUCAGAGCGACUCCCACUACCGUAUUACCAGGUCAACCAACAAAUGUUAUGGCGGCCACUGGUAGUUCGAGAGACUUGUAUUGCGUUUUGGAGUGCGACCGCGUGCACAAAGCUAGAACUGUGGUGCGCACUGGUGAUCUUGUCUUUGAUUGGGAUGAAACAUUUGAAUUAGAUCUACUAUCAAAUAAAGAAUUAGACUUUUUAAUAUACUCAUGGGACCAACAAUAUAGGCACAAGUUAUGCUACAAAGGAUCUGUACAUCUGGCGUCUUUAGUUAGAGAUAGUCCCGUACAUCAAUUAGCUUUAAAAAUUGAACCUCGGGGUACAUUAUAUUUACGGUUAAGGCACACCGAUCCUUACCAGACUUUCAUCAGAAAAACUUUAAGAACUUCAACCACGCUACCGCCGAGAACGAAAACUGCUGGACUAUUUGGUAUUGAUCUUGAGUCAGUAGUCACUCGUGAAAGUGGCGCAAUUUCCAGUUCUUUAUCUUCAUUAGCACAAGCACCAGCCACAGCAUCCGUACCAGUCAUUGUUCGGAGGUGUAUUGAAGAGGUCGAACGCAGGGGCUUAGACAUUAUUGGCCUUUAUCGACUUUGUGGGUCCGCUUCUAAGAAACGGAUUCUUCGAGAAGCUUUCGAACGUAAUCCGAGAACUGUGGAUUUAUCGCCGGACAACGUGCCCGAUAUUAACGUAAUCACAGGUGUCUUAAAAGACUAUUUGAGAGAACUUCCCGAACCACUCUUCACUCGUUGUCUAUACCAAAUGCUUCUUGAUGCGCUGACGGUAUUGUUGCCAGACGAUCCACAGGCCAACGCCAAAUUGAUGUUAUCGAUUUUAGAUUGCCUGCCAAAGUUGAAUAGAGCUACGUUGACAUAUAUUAUGGACCAUCUGGCACUUGUCGUGUCACAAUCCCCGCGAAACAAGAUGUCAGCACAAAAUUUGUCUAUAUGUCUAGCUCCUGUAUUAAUGGUCCAAAGCGAGGCGAAAGAAAAACCUAUCGAUUUCCAACAGCCCGUGAACGUGUUACGAUAUUUAUUAGAGAUUUGGCCACCUAAAUCAGUUCGGGAGUGUUUGCCGCCGUCGGUCGUCAACGGCGUUACUCGGCCCCCGCCGCUGCCCGCGAAGCCAUCCUGCGUGCCCGCUGUGCCAACAAGGCGCGCCCCGCCGCCCGUAAUUGUAGCGUCGCCGACCAGUGACACGGCCACGUCUGACGACGACGACGACGACGACGAUGGCCACGGCCACGGCCACGACGGGACGGCCAUCGAACCGCCACAGAUACCGGCCAGGUCUAACGCGCACCGGCUGACCAAGGUGGCGGCGCCGGAGCCCGACGAGAACGCAGCCGAGACACCCAGCUCGUCCACCGGCACAGAAGACUCGCAGCGCGACGUGGCCGAGCGCGCCGCUGAGGCGGAUGAAGAGAGUUGCGGCGAAGAACAACUGGAACGGAGACCACGAGGACUGCAGAAUGCCAACACCGCCAUCAAGCACAACGCUAAUAAUAAUAAUAAUAAUAAUAAUAAUAAUAGUAAUAAUAAUAAUAACCGCCAAUAAUGUGGCGACAUGUAUUAUAAAUAUUAGUGAAAAACGUUUGCCAACUUUCUACCAAGAUAAUAAUAUUAUGUAUAUUUAGGCACGGCAGUUCUGUACAAAUGAUCUGUAUUGAACCGACGAUAAUAUAAUAUUAUUAUCUUUUAUGAUAUACUAUGUUAUUGUUAUUUUUGUUAUUGUUGUUGUUGUUGUUGUUGUUGUUGCUGUUAUAGAAGAAACAAUACAUAAUAUGUACAAUAUUAUAAUUAUCACCUUGAAUUGAUUUUUGUUUUAAAAAAAAAAAAACGAUAAUUUUUACUCCUCGUGGUAGGUAGAUGUUAUACUACAUAUUAUUACAUAAUACACUAGUAUAACUGUACAAGGUCUGUGGUGUUACAUACCUAAUACAGCAAUAUAUUAUAGAGUAGAUACCUGCAUAAUAUGUACAAUUCAUAUGAAAAAUUGACACAACAUUUCUUAAAUAUACAUGUACAUAAAAUAUUCUGACGGUAGGAAAUAAUAACCAUACUGUAACAAAUUAACUUUAAACAUAUUUCAAAAAAAAUCCUAAAAUUUUUAACGAAAGAAAUAAAAACGACAAUAAAAUAUAAUACUUUAUAUAUAAUAUAAUCAUUAAUCAUAUUAGCAAUAUGUAUAUACAACACGACAACCAUGCAAAAAAAAGUAUUACGUUCAUUAGGGUACUAAAAUAUGUUUUUCGUGUUUAUCAUCAAAAACAUUCUAUACUAACUCGUUCCUAGUCACAAGGUAGAUAAGUAAAUAAAUAAGUUAUAUUUCAAGAAUUUCAGAGUCAUAUAAGAAAUAUAAAUAAUAGGAUUUAUUAAAAAAUGGUAGAAAUUUGGCAAGCAUAAUUCCACAUAAUUUCAUAUUUACGCACAAAUAUAUAUAAACAAAAUGAUAUAUGUUUGAAAGAAAAUUAAGCACAAAAUAAAAAUUAUAAAUACCUACUGAUCUAGAUCACAUGUUAAUAAAUAUGAUUUAAAAAUGACUUUGUAUAAAUUAAAAAAUAAAAUUAAUAAUUUCGCGCACCUUUUAUAGACGAUUAAUAUUUUAUAAACAUAUAAAGUAGUCGUGUACACGUAGAUACGUAGAUAUUGUAAAAAAUAGUCCAUAAGAACACAAUCCCAAGGGCACUUGAUUUCAGAACGAUUUGAUAUUUUAAAUGUUUUGAUUUCAAACAAAUGUAAUGAAAUAAUUUAUUGUAAAUAAAAAAAUGGUUGUUCCUACUGCUUCAAUGUAAAACUUAAAUCAAUAAAAAAAAAAUGAUACAUAGACUUUUUCACAAUAAUAAAAUUAAAAUAAUUUAUAUGCACAAAAGUGUUUUCUGAUGAAAACAUUUUCCAACAAAUAUGUAUUAAGAAUUUUUUUAAUUUUUAAAACAAAACAGUUUUUUUAUUUGAAAAGCUGUAGCCUAUAUGACUACUAAUCUUAUAACUCAACAAAUUUCAUUUAUCAUUUUACUUAUUUCCUAUAUACUUAUAUAUUGUUUAUAAAAUAAAAAUAUUAUGUAUACAUAAUUAUUAUAAUGUAUCAUAAUAUAUUUGUACCAAAUAAAUGUUGAGUGUCAAUCGGUAUUUCAGUAAAUGUAUAUAAUUUAAACAUUAUAUCAACAAAACAGUAGCCAGUAGGUACCUAUUUAGUUUUAUUAAAAAAAUAUAUUCUAUUUGGU